GACAGCUUCAUAAUAGAUGAAAUAACUGUUUAUAUGAAAUUUAUAAAGUUGGCCGGUUACUAUUUAGUAUUUAUACGCCCUAUAAAUAGGGACUACUGAAAAUGUGAAAGAUAUAUCCAUAGACAAAAUAAGAGGAAACCAGCUUUUUACAUUGAAAUGAGGCCUGCUCUUGCUCUGCUUGCUUUCCUCUUCCUUUUCUUGUUUGCUGCUACUAUAGAAUCAAGAAAAGAUCUAAAAGAAUACUGGAAAACUGUUAUGAAAGAUGAAGAGAUGCCAGAGGGAAUUCAAGGACUUCUUCAACUGAAAUCUGAGACCGAACCUUUGAAAAAAUCCAAAGCCCAAGAAAAACAUGCCAAAGGUAAAUGUGAUGAGCAUUCCGUGAACAAUGAGUUUGAACCAAUACCAAGUACUACAAGAUAUGAUGGUGAUGGUUAUAAGAGUGUUAAACUACCGGUGAACAACGAGUUUGAACCCAUACCAAGUACUACAAGGUAUGACGGUGAUGGUUAUAAGAGUGUUAAACUACCUGUGAACAACGAGUUUGAACCCAUACCAAGUACUACAAGGUAUGACGGUGAUGGUUAUAAGAGUAUUAAACUACCGGUGAACAAUGAGUUUGAACCCAUACCAAGUGUUACAAGGUAUGAUGGUGAUGGCCAUAAGAGUGUUAAACUACCGGUGAACAAUGAGUUUGAACCCAUACCAAGUGUUACAAGGUAUGACGGUGACGGUCAUAAGAGUGUUAAACUACCGGUGAACAAUGAGUUUGAACCCAUACCAAGUGUUACAAGGUAUGACGGUGAUGGUCAUAAGAGUGUUAAACUACCGGUGAACAAUGAGUUUGAACCCAUACCAAGUGUUACAAGAUAUGACGGUGAUGGUUAUAAGAGUAUGAAACUACCGGUGAAUGACGAGUUUGAACCCAUUCCAAAUAUUUCAAAGUAUGAUGGUGAUAGCUAUAAUAAUAUGAAACUACCAGUAAAUAACGAGUUUGAACCCAUUCCAAAUCUUUCAAAGUAUGAUGGUGACAGCUAUAAUAAUAUGAAACUACCAGUAAAUAACGAGUUUGAACCCAUUCCAAAUGUUUCAAAGUAUGACGGUAAUGGUUAUAAUGGUAAGAAACUACAUGUGAACGAGGAAUUUGAACCGAGGCCAAGCGCCACCAAGUAUAAUGAAUAAAUAAUAAUUGGGAAAGUGGAGCCUUAAAAGAAAAUGUGUGCUAAGUGUAUCGAAUAAUAAAUUUGGUGUGAUGUAUUAUUGUAUUUGAAUAAAUUAAUAUGUAAAAUAUUGGAUGAUUUAGAAUCAUUUUAAUAAUAAUAAUGUGCAAUCUUUUCUUUGUUA